GCUCCGGAAUAUUCACUGUACCAACAACAGGUUUUUAUGUGUUUUCUUGGAGCAUAGAAACUUACGGACAGUUGACUGAGGCUGCAAUUUUAGUGAACGGAUUCGAAAUGGGAAUAUCGACGUGUGACGAAGACUCAACUUACUACGAUUCGUCCACUUCCUUUGCCGUCCUUAAUCUUACAGUGGACGACAAAGUAUGGAUCAAACUAAAAAGUGGACGUGCAGAAGCGAUGCAUACCAUGUUUUCUGGCUGGAUGAUCAGUAAAAGCGAUAGUACAGCAUUUUAUGCUUCCCUUUCGCAUGAUGUGAAUGAUUCUCGCAUUAUCUUUAACAAAGAAAUUCUGGACACAGAUGAUGCUUACUCCACGUCUACAGGGAAGUUUGUGGCGCCUCGUUCUGGUCUUUACGUGUUUAUGAUGUCAGGACUUAUCUAUGGAGGUCACGCACUGCAUUGCAAUUUUUUAUUCAGUAACUGAAUUUCACUGCCAGUAGUUUGGGUAGAGUCGAGAAACGGGAAUCAUGAGACCAGCGGUUAUAUGAC